AUGGCCGCACUUCGGCUGGAUGCACAUGCUUCGGUGGAUGGCAGGUUGGAGCAGGCUGAACUCUACAGCUGGCUCACCACCACCACCUUUGCACCUUCCAAGCAAGCCGCUCUGGACUUUAUUGUUAAGUUCAAUCAGAACUUCAAGCGGUACAAUGACGCUGUCAAGACCAAGACUGAGCGCAUCACUGAGGAAACCAAGAAGACACUACUCCAGUGUGCUCUCUCUGAUGUGCCUCAGCUCCAUGCAGUCACCUCUCGCGAGAUUGAAGCCAUGACCUUGGACAAGAAGCCCGGUUACAGUUUCGAGCAGUACUACGAGGUGAUCAAGAUGACAGCGGCCAGCUAUGACAGGCACAGGGCUACGUCACGCUGA